AUGGAACUCUCAACACUUUCAUUCAUCUUUCACAUUCUCUUCAUUUCCCUCCAUCUUGCUUCUUCCUCACCAGUUCAAGACCCUGAGUUUGUUGUCGAUGAAGUUCACAAGAGUAUCAAUGCUUCGAGGAGGAGCUUGGGUUACUUGUCUUGUGGAACGGGGAACCCCAUUGAUGAUUGUUGGAGGUGUGACACUAACUGGGAGAGGAACCGCCAAAGGUUAGCCAAUUGUGCCAUCGGAUUCGGGAAGAAUGCCAUGGGAGGAAAGAAUGGUCGAAUCUACGUCGUUACCGACUCUGGCAAUGAUGACCCCGUGAACCCUAGGCCGGGUACAUUGAGGCAUGCGGUGAUCCAGGACGAGCCGUUGUGGAUCAUUUUCAAGAGGGAUAUGGUGAUUACGUUGAAAGAGGAGUUGGUGAUGAACUCUUUUAAGACGAUCGAUGGUCGAGGUGUGAACGUUCAUAUUUCUGGCGGACCGUGUAUCACCAUUCAUUAUGCUUCGAACAUCAUCAUCCACGGAAUCAACAUACAUGAUUGUAAACCGGGACCGAGUGCGAUUAUAAGAGACUCUCCCCAACACGCGGGGCACUGGAGACAAUCAGACGGUGACGGUGUGGUCAUCUUCAGCAGCAAGCAUGUAUGGAUUGACCAUUGUUCGUUGUCGAAUUGCAAUGAUGGGCUCAUCGAUGUCAUCCAUGGAUCCACCGCCGUGACCAUAUCGAACAACUACAUGACCCAUCAUGAUAAAGUCAUGCUUCUGGGCCACAAUGAUGCCUAUACGCAGGACAAAAACAUGCAAGUCACUGUUGCCUUUAACCAUUUCGGGGAAGGACUAGUUCAAAGAAUGCCGAGGUGUAGGCACGGAUAUUUCCACAUCGUGAACAACGACUACACUCAUUGGGAAAUGUACGCCAUUGGUGGGAGUGCAAACCCUACUAUCAACAGCCAAGGAAAUAGAUUUCUAGCACCCAAUGAUAGAUCAAAGAAAGAGGUGACGAAGCAUGAGGAUGCACCGGAGAGUGAGUGGAGAAGCUGGAACUGGAGAUCCGAAGGGGACAUGAUGUUAAACGGAGCGUUUUUCAGGCAAACCGGCCAUGCUGGUGCAUCAUCGACCUUUGCUAGGGCUUCGAGCCUAAGUGCUAGACCAUCUUCACUUGUGGCUACAAUGACAGUCACUGCUGGUUCACUCAACUGUAGGAAGGGCUCCCACUGCUAGCUUUGAAAACCUUAUGACUAGCGGUUUAAGAAGUAUUUUUAUUUCUAGUUUUCCCUUUUUUUGGCCUAAUUUUAAAGAUGAUUAAGAAUGUAAUGAAACGACAACCUCUGCAUGUUGACUGAAAUUAAAUCCUAUCGUUAAUUUGUACUAGUUUACUGUAUGAUGGAGCAAAGCAUGCAACUGCAGUUUAGCGUUGAUUUAAUGUUAUCCUCUAUAUUUGUCUAAAGAAUACUUUUUUU